CUCAUCCUUUCACUCAUCUUUUCACUCAUCCUUGUUUCAAGUCCGUCACAAGUCACACCUUUUCCACACCUUCUUCGCGCCCCUCGUUCGUCGUUUUCCCACCUUCUCCUUCCGAGCCUCUCCUCAACUGCGAACAAGUCUCAAACAAUAGCACCACUCCUCGCCACACAAAGCAUCAUCAUGCCGCCAUCGCCACCGCCGCCGCUCUUCGCUGCAGUCGAGUCGCAUGUCGUUCGCUGGGACGCUCAGAAGUCGCCGCGCGAAUUUCCACCCGGCUUUGUGACGCUCGCACUGCCGCAGCCCGCAGCCCCGUCCACCAGCACAAGCACAAGCACAGACCCAAGCUCAAGCGCAGGCACGUCCGCUGGCUCGGCGGGGUCGUUCUUGUCCGGGCUCGUCGAUGCGCUCUUCUCCAAGCCGCCGCCGCCGCCGCCAUCAGCACAGCCCGACGAGCCAAGUGCUGCCAGUGCUGCCAGAGCUCCUGCCCCUGCGCCAACCGAGUGCGCAUUCCUGCCACUGUCGCCCGUUGACCAGUUUUGCGCCCAGUUUGACGGUAUCGGCGUCGGGUGGGCAUUUCGCGGGUCGCUCAGCCCGGCGGCGCUGCUCAAGUCGCUCGCCCGCACAGUCACAGAGCUCUACCCGCACCUCACCGGGCGCAUUGUCAAGGCGCCGUCUGCACUCAACCAAGCGACGGGCCUGCGCUCGCGGAUUGCCGUCAGAUGCUCCAACGAGGGCUUUCCGUUCAUUGUCGGGCAGCUCGCAAACGUCCCCGUCGACGCACUCUCGCUGGAAGACCCGCUCAUGCGCGCAUUCACAGUGGGAGCGAUCGCCGUUCCCGAAUUAAAGUUUUCGACGAGCGGCGCCAUCCAUCACCCGCUGAUCAAGGUCCACGUAUGCCGGCUGGUUGACAACCCCGACAUUACCAUCAUCGGACUGUGCAUCAUUCAUGCAGUCAUGGACGGAUCCGGCUUUUUCCGCUUCUUCAAGGACUGGAGUGAUGUGCACCAAGAUAUGGCCGCCGCUGCGACUGCCAUUCCGCGCUGCGUGUUUGAGACGAGCAAAAUGAUGGACGGAAUCGCCUUGGACGAGCUGCAGCGCUUGCAGGACGACUUUGCCGACCUGCCCUCAGAGUCGCCCCGACGCACCAUGCAGCAAGUGUCAGUGCUCAAGUUCCCCAUCUUUGCAGCUCGCGCUUUGGCGUCUUCUUUGACGACAGGUGGUUUUGCCAUCCACUUCACUGACGCCGAGAUUGCAAACAUGAAGCACGCUGCCAGCGCAGGCCUGUCCCCUGGCGAGUACGUGACGACAAACGACGUGCUUGCAGCGCACAUGUGGCGCAUCACGGCAAAACUCAGAGAGCUGCCCCUGCACUCGCCCGUUCACAUGCACAUGUUUAUGAACAUGCGGAAUCGUAAAGCGAGCCUUCCUGAUCUGUACGGCACCGCCGCCACACUACAAGCCAGCGUGACGAUGGGCGUGGACGAGUUGAGCAACGAGCCCUUCCAUCGCAUUGUGCAGCAUUUGCACGCCACCGUCCAAUCCAACGGCGAAACACAGUUCAAUGCGGAUAUUUCUUGGCUCCAGCGCCAGGCAGACGAGAACGACAUGAGUCGAAUGAUGAUUGGCGCCGAUCUUCUCCGCAAUGGCACCAUUCUCACGCACUGGGCACAUUUUCCAGUCUUUGGUGCCGAUUUUGGGACUGGACACCCCUUCUUUUUGCUUCAUGGCGCGCCUCCGCCGCUGCCCAACUUUAUCUUGGUCUCUUCUGCCCCACCCGGGCUUGGUGGAGUGGUGGUGUACGGCACCUUGCCCAACUCGCAGGCUCGCGCGCUGAUGCAAGAGCCGUGGAAGAGCUGGCUGCACAGCUUCCGUUCGCAGUCGUAGAGUUGCAGCUUGUUUUUGGGCUGUUGGUUUCGUUUGUUGCACAAUCUUGCUGUACAAAUUUGCAAUUGCUUCAACAUGUGCAUCAAAACUGCCGAUCAACAAAAAGC